AUGACGAGCAACCCGCAGCUCAUGAAGACCGGGCUUUACGACUUUCACGUCUCUAAUGGCGCGAAGAUGGUUCCUUUCGCUGGCUUCUCGAUGCCCCUGUCGUACGGAGACGUUGGCGCAGUUGCCAGCCAUCAUCACGUGCGCAAGGCCGCUGGUCUUUUCGACGUUGGCCACAUGGUUCAGUCAAAUUUCCGCGGUCCGACAGUCACCGCUUUCCUCGAGUGGCUAACCCCCUCGUCCCUCACCGCGCUCGCCCCCUACUCCUCCACCCUCUCCGUCCUUCUCAACGAGUCCGGUGGCAUCAUCGACGACACCGUCAUCACCAAGCACGCCGACGACGCCUUCUACGUCGUUACCAACGCUGGCAGGCGCGACCGCGACCUCGCCUGGUUCGCCGAGAAGCUCAAGGAGUGGAACGCGUCCGAGACCGCGCGCUCCCUCGGCGGCGUCGAGUACGAAAUUCUCAACGGCUGGGGGCUCCUCGCGCUGCAGGGCCCAGAAGCUGCACAAGUCCUCCAGGCUCUGACCUCGUUCGACCUCCGCGAGCUCACGUUCGGCAAGUGCGCCUUCGUGCCUGUCGAGGGCUUCAACCUCCACGUAGCCCGCGGCGGGUACACCGGAGAAGACGGUUUCGAGAUCUCGAUUCCCCCAUCCCAAACCGUCGAGGUGGCGCAGAUGCUCGCGCGCUCGCCCGUGCAGCUCACCGGCCUCGGCGCGCGCGACAGCCUGCGCCUCGAGGCUGGCAUGUGCCUGUACGGCCAGGACCUGGAUGAGACCACGACCCCCGUCGAGGCGGGGCUGACGUGGGUCAUCGGCAAGGACCGGCGAGAGGCCGGAGGGUUCAUCGGCGCCGCGGGCGUCCAGAAACACCUGAAGGACGGCCCCCCGCGCCGGCGCGUCGGAUUCGUCGUCGACGGUGCUCCCGCGAGGCAGGGCGCGAAAAUCUUCGCCCCCGGCGACAAGGACACCCAGAUCGGCGUCGUCACCUCGGGCAUCCCUUCGCCCACGCUCGGGCGCAACAUCGCGAUGGGCUACGUCACGUCCGGGAUGCACAAGAAGGGCACCGCGGUCGACGUCGACGUCCGGAACAGGCUCCGGCCCGCGACGGUCACCCCGAUGCCGUUCGUGCCGACGAGGUACUUCCGCGGCUGA